AUGACCGGCCCGUGCUUCGGCCUCUCGGAGGACCAGGAGGCGUACCAGGAGCUGGCACGCCGCUUCACCGCCGACAACAUCAUCCCCGUCGCGCGCCACCACGACGAGACGAUGGAGUACCCGUGGGAGGUCAUCAAGAAGGCGCACGCCGCCGGCCUUGUCAACACGCACAUUCCCGAGGAGUACGGCGGCCCGGGCCUCGGCCUCGUCGAGGGCGCGCUGAUCUCCGAGGAGCUGGCCUUUGGCUGCUCGGGCAUCCAGACGGCCAUCGAGGCCAACGGCCUGGCCGAGGCGCCGCUGCUCGUCGCCGCGAGCCACGAGACGAAGAUGAAGUACCUGGGCCGCAUGACGGAGGAGCCGCUCGUGGCGGCGUACUGUGUCACUGAGCCGGGCGCGGGCUCCGACGUGGCGAGCAUCACGACGCGCGCCGAGAGGAAGGGCGACAAGUACAUUCUCAACGGCACGAAGAUGUGGAUCACGAACGGCGGGCACGCCAACUGGUACUUUGUGCUGGCCAAGACGGACCCGAGCGCCAAGGGCGCCAAGAGCAUGACGGGCUUCGUCGUCGACGGCGACGCGCCGGGCAUCAUCAAGGGCAAGAAGGAGAAGAACAUGGGGCAGCGCUGCUCGGACACGCGCAUGAUUACGUUUGAGGACGUCGAGGUGCCGCUCGAGAACGUACUCGGCCGCCCGGGCGACGGCUUCAAGACGGCAAUGGGCGCCUUUGACAUUACGCGCCCGCUCAUUGCCGCGGCGGCGACGGGCCUGGCGCAGCGCGCGCUCACCGAGGCGGCCAAGUGGGCGCACGAGCGCAAGACGAUGGGCCAGCAGAUCAUCAAGCACCAGGCGGUGGCGUUCAUGCUCGCCGACAUGGCCAUGGCCGUCGAGGCGUCGCGCAACCUGACGUGGAAGGCGGCGUGGAUGAAGGACGCGGGCAAGCGCAACAGCUACCACGCGUCCAUUGCCAAGUGCAUUGCCUCGCGCUCGGCGGUGCAGAACGCCAACGACGCCGUGCAGAUCUUUGGCGGCAUGGGCUUCAACUCGGAGAGCCCGGUGGAGAAGCUGUACCGUGACGCCAAGAUCUUUGAGCUGUACGAGGGCACGUCGCAGAUCCAGCGGCUCAUCAUCUCGCGCUUCGUCGAGGACAUGUACAAGCCGUAG